CUGGAUUUAAAAUUCCUAUGAUCAUGGGGUAAAAAUAAUGAAAUUUAAAAAGAAAGCAAAAGUCGGAAGCGACAUUCCGCAAACAGAAGAAACUUCAAGUGAAAAAGUUUCUCGCAAAAAGAAGCCUUCGAAGGAUAAGCAUAAAAAGGAUUCGAAGAACUCCGAGGGUUCGGGACCUUCGCCCACAUCCUUAAACUGCUUCCUUGCAGGAUUGUUAUGGAUCCUGAAAAUUUUUCGACUGGCAAAAAAGAAUAAGGUUCCAGUCCAAGAAAAUGAAACUGGAUCUGAUUACCAUCCUUGUUUGGAAAGUGUAGUCACCAAGUCGAUGGGCGAAAACCAACAGCCCCAUCCGUCUGCAGGCACAGUUACAACUUUGAAUGAGACUGUUACUUCCGGCACUGUCUCACAGAUGCCAAAAGAAGCAUAUCAUGACGAAUAUAGUCGUUAG